UAAUAUGCGGACAAUACUAUACCUAGGCAGCUGCUGCAUGCACGUAGGCUCGGAGCUUUGCAGGAGUUCGCUUUGCGUUUAGCUAUCGCGUGCCAACUUUUGCCCAGAUCCGAGCUGCAAUACGCUGUAUGAUAGUUGAAGACACUGUAGAGAUGCCUAACCCAACAAGAGUCUUGGCGAGACGCCUGCCUUAGUUGCUUCCAGCAUAACGCUUCGGGUUUCAGGCACGCCAGCAUCUCAUUACUGUUGCAUACAUCAUAUCGCUGGUCGUGUAAGGCGACGCUCAGGAUGCGGUUGACCCAGAAGGUUCCAUGCUCCGCAAUUCAGCCGAGCGUGGGCUCCUGCCCGCGUGGCUGCGGCCGGCGCGCGGUCCAGCGGCUGAACCCUUGCUUCAGCUGGCAACAGCGCGCGUCGCCCUCGGCGUCGGAGCAGGCGGAGCAGGGCCCCAGCGUGAACGGGGGCAGCCCGCGCUCGGCCAGCCCCAGCUCCGGCCGGGCUCUGAACGCUGAGGAGGACUUUCUGGCCCGCGCUCGCAAGAUGCAGCAGCGCAUCGCCAAGCUUAAGAAGCUGCAGGAGAAGAUUUCUCAGAUGAAGGAGGAGCGCGACUUCAUGGCCGCAUACAACGAGGUGGAGGCGUCCGCGUCCGACAACGACGACGACGACGACAGCGCCGGCAGCAACAGCAGUCCAGAGGAGCUGCGCCGCUGGGUGGCGUCGCUGAUGGCGGCGUCGGCGGAGCGCGUGGCGGCGGCGGCAGCAGCCAAGGCCGCGGCCGGCGGCGAGGGCAGCCGCACCAGCGGCACCACCAGCACCAGCGGCGUGGUCAACGGGGCGGGCGCCAUGGCGUCCUGGCGGCAGGGCGGCGGCGGCGGCGGCGGCGGCGUCUACAUGCCAGCCUCGCCGUCCUUCGACGUGCCGCCGGCGACGCUGCCCACGCCGCCGCCGCCGGCACAGCCUCUUGUGGCCAACCCGCCCGCCGGCGCCGCCGCCGCCGCCUCAGCUCCUGGCGGCUACGUGCCCGGCCGCAUCGUGCCGCAGCACCCGGCGGCCACUGCAGGCCCCACCGCCGCCGCCGCCGCCGCCGCCAGCACGUCGGCGGCGCCGCCGGCGCCCGGGCAGCAGCCGGUGAUCCGGCGCUACAGCGUGCGCUACAACUCCGCCGCCAACAAGCCCACAUUCGUGCCAGUGGACGGCGCGGCGGGCGCCAGCACGAAUACCGGCAGCGGCGGCGGCGGGGUCGCAGCACCGCAGCAGCAACAGCAGCAGCAGCAGCAACCCGACUUGUCGGCAUCGCCGUGGCGGUUCCGCACGCCGGCGCUACAGCCGGUGUCAGCAGCGAUGGCGCCGCCACAGGCGCCGCCGCAGGCACCACCGCAGGCACCGGCGCCGCCGCCACCACCGCCGUCGCCGCCGCCCACUCAGGAGCCGGUACGCUUCCAAAGCAUACUGGCGCAGGCGGCGGCGCCCGCGGCGGCACCGGCACCACCCGCGGCAGACACAGCCGCGCCGCCCGGCGCCCGCCCCGCUGCUCCCGCCCCCGCCACCUCCGCCUCCGCCUCCUCCGCCUCGGCCGCCGCCGCCGCAGGGACAGCAGCGGCCGCAGCAGCACCAGGCGCACCCGCGGCUGCGGCCGCCGCCGCGAAGAAGGGCGGCGCCGCCGCCGUGCCCGCCAAGCCGGCGGCGCCGGUGCGCGACCCGGACGCCGAGCUCCGCGCCACCGCCUUCCCCGAGAGCCUCACCUCCACCAACCCCUACACGCUGUACGACAUGCCGCUGCCCAGCCGGCCCAUGCCGGCGGCCUGGCAGACCGCCGCGGAGCGGCAGGCGGCGGCGGCAGCCGCCGGAGGCGCCGCCGCGGCGGCGCCGCCAGCGGAGCUGGCGGUGGGCCGCGCGGAGCGCCCGCGCGACCUGGUGUUCGUGACGGCGGAGGCGGCGCCGUGGAGCAAGACGGGCGGGCUGGGGGACGUGAUGGGGGCGCUGCCGCGGUCGCUGGCGGCGCGGGGGCACCGGGUGAUGGUGGUGAGCCCGCGCUACCUUGCGCCCAGCGCGGCCAAGCGCUACGAGGGCAUCAAGGACACGGGCGUGAGGGCGCGCCUGAACCUGAACCCGCCCGGGGCCAAGGCCGACGGCGGAGGCGGCGUGCACGAGGUGGGUUUCUACCACCUGCACAAGGACGGCGUGGACUGGGUGUUUGUGGACCACAUCAGCUACCACCGGGAGGGCACGCCGUACGGCAACGCCGCUGGCACGUACGGCGACAACCUCUUCCGCUUCAGCCUGCUGUGCAUGGCGGCGUGCGAGGCGCCGCUGCUGCUGCACGUGGGCGGGCACCGCUACGGCACGCCGCCGGGGCUGCCGUACGGACAGAACGUGACCUUCAUCGCCAACGACUGGCACGCCGGCCUGGUGCCCGUGUACGUGGCCGCCAAGUACCGGCGGCACGGCGUGUACCGCGAGGCGCGCUGCGUGCUGGCGCUGCACAACCUGGCGCACCAGGGCGCUCACCCGCCUCGCACCUUCAACUCCCUGGGUCUGCCGGGCGAGUGGUACGGCGCGCUGGAGUGGGUGGACACAGGCGACAACGGCGCUGGGGGCGGAGGCGGAGGCGGAGGCGGCCCGGGUGGCGGGGCGCGGCGCCACAUGCAGCGUGUGCCCACCAUCAACAUCAUGAAGGCCGCCAUGGUGACCAGUGACAAGCUGGUGACUGUGUCGCCUGCCUACGCCUGGGAGGUGUGCGACGACAAGGGCGAGCAGGGCAUGGGCCUGACCUCGCUGCUGCGUCAGCGCAUGGGCGACCUGCAGGGCAUCGUCAACGGCAUAGACGUGGGCGAGUGGGACCCGCGCACAGACCCCUACAUACCCAGGAACUACCACGAGGGCAGCCUGGGCGGCAAGGGCCUGUGCAAGGCUGCGCUGCAGGGGGAGCUGGGUCUGCCUGUGGACCCGGCGGCGCCGCUGCUGGGCUUCAUCGGGCGGCUGGACUUCCAGAAGGGGCCGGACCUGGUGCUGGGCGUGCUGCGGCCGCUGGUGGCGGCGGGAUGCCAGGUGGUGUUGCUGGGCAGCGGCGCGGCGGACUACGAAGAGGCGUUCAAGGCCGCGCAGGCCGCCUUCCCCGCAAACGUGCGGGCGCACGUGGGCUUCAGCGUGCCGCUGUCACACAAGAUUCUUGCCGCCUCCGACAUCCUGCUGAUGCCGUCGCGCUUCGAGCCGUGCGGCCUGAACCAGAUGUACGCCAUGCGCUACGGCACGGUGCCGGUGGCGCACGGCACCGGCGGCCUGCGCGACACCAUCGACGACGUCAACCCCUUCCGCGGCGAGGGCUUCAGUCGCGCCGGCGGCAUGAUGGGCGCCAACGACGCCGACAGGGAGCUGGAGGAGCUGUUCGAGAAGGGCCUGGCCUGGGGUCGGCCCACGGGCGGCCGCUCCGCAGACGACCCCUCCACCAACAACCAGGACUACUACGAGCCGUUCCAGGACUAUUUUGGAUCCGGCGGGCGGUACGGUGCUGUGGCGGACGGCGCCGAGGAGGACGACGGCUACGGCAUGUACGACACGGACGACUCGGAUUCUGGAUCCGGAUCCGACUCUCCCGCGGACUCCGACAGCCCCUGGCGGCGCGGGCUGCAGGGGCUGCAGACGCGGCGCGACCUGGGCACUGGCUGGACCUUCGCGCCCGCUUCCGAGGAGGCGUUGUUGGACGCGGUGAGUGCGGCGCUUCAGAUCUACGAGCGGCACCCGGACAAGUGGCGGCGCAUCCAGCUGGCCGGCAUGCGGCGGGACUUCAGCUGGGGCCGCGCGGCGCGGCAGUGGGAGAGCGUGAUCGAGACUGUGGUGGCGGCGCCCACCUACAGCAAGUAGCGAGGAGGGGGAGCAGGGGAGGGGGAGCAGGGAAAGUAGGCGCGGGAGGUGGGGGAGGGGAAGCUUUUGGGGAGGGGAAGCUUGGGGGAGGAGCGUGUGUGGAGGAGCAUGGACGGGCACGAUGUACGGUUGAGGUUUGGGGAUGGCGGCCGGAGCACGUCGUUUGAUGCACACAUGUGGAUGUGGCAUUAACUAUACGCCGCAUGCAUGGCACCGGACCUUCAGUUUGGACCUUGUCUUUCUUGCCUUGAUUGCAAAGGAGGCGGCAGGUCCAAAUCGGCUGAAGCGAUGACGUAGACGCUUGCGGCCUGAGACGGGAGACGUAGCGUGGGCGCAGCCCACUUUUCCCGUUUCCCUCGAGAGGCAAAACCACUUUCUUGUCUUGUCUUGUCUUGUCUUGUCUUGAGCGUGUGUGUACGAGCUCGGAAUACUGUGUGCAUGUACAAUGGGCUGUAUGUGUGUGUGUGUGUUUGGAAUUGGUUGCAAGCCGCGUCUAUUCCGUGACUGGGUCCGCGAAGCUGGUGGAUUGGAACUGGACUAGGAAGAAAGCCAGGCGGUCCUGUGCCGGCCAGUCCGGUGUCGGUCUGCGAGUCCGGUAUCGGUCUGGUCCCCUGAUAAGCUUUGUAAGCUGCCCUGAGU